AUGGAAUCGCCCCUCCCCGAACAGCUGUUUCUCGAUCUUCGCGUCGCAGAAGUAAUCAAUAAAACGGCGAGAAUUCGAUUGGUCGAACCAUGGGCAUCUCGCUACUGUAUAGCGAUUUCCGAGAAGCGCUACGGAGAUGCAAUCUACGCACGAUACCAGAUAGAUGGAACGGCCAAAGAUGGUAUAUACACAAGUCUGCGCGAUAAUGGUGAUGGAAUUGAAUCACACGAAAUCAGUGUUUACGACAGUAUUAUGGAAGACGCCCGAGAAGCUGCGGAGGGAUGUCCUGACCUUUAUCGUGAUGCACUGCUGUUCUACAGCAAAUCAAGUCCAAAUGACAAUCGACGGGAUAUCAUUGAAGGACUCUUCGAUAUAGGAUCAGACCAUUCUUGCACACCUGAUCUUCCAUCCAGUACAUAG